GCUUUCAUCUGAGUGAGAGCCUUUGCCAGCAUCCAAUUUCUUGAAAUUUAACCAAUUCUUUGCUGAUUUUGAGAUUGUGCACGUGUGUAGGCGUUAAAUUUGUGGCUUUAGUCCCUUUCGCCUUAAAAUGACGACUCCAGGCUUUAGUGGCGUGCUGAAAUUGGCCGAUUUGGAUGAUUUCAUCACUCCUUCUCAGGAAUGUAUUAUACCUGUGAAAGUCGAUCGCAAAGUAAAAGCAGGCGCUGACCGUUCCAAAAGCAUGGAAAUUGAUGAGGGCCAGUCAAGCAAGCUUCAAAAAGUUGAAAUCACCUUAAGCGAUUGUUUGGCGUGCAGUGGAUGCGUGACCACGGCUGAAACCGUCCUAGUGUCUCAGCAAAGCGGUCCAGAAGUCCUUCGGGUGCUCACUGAAAAUUUUGAGUUGCCGGAGAUCAGGAGGAAACUUGUUCUAGUGUCCAUCUCGAACACUGCGGUCCUAUCUCUGGCCGCCAAGUACAGCGUUGGAGCUUUAGAAGCAGCGCACAGGAUUUCAGGCUAUUUCAAAACGCUGGGAGCAGACCUGGUGUGCGACUUGUCCGUGGCGGAGGAUUUGGUUUUGCUUGAGUGCCAAAAGGAAUUCUUGCGCAAGAAGCAAACUGGCCAGGUGCCUGUGCUGGUCUCGGCCUGCCCUGGCUGGGUGUGCUACGCAGAGAAAACACACGGUUCCUGGCUCUUGCCGUACCUGAGCAGUGUCAAGUCUCCUCAGCAACUGGCCGGCUCUCUCCUGAAGAAGCCAGGCAAGCCGAUGUAUCACAUCACCCUCAUGUCCUGCUACGACAGAAAACUCGAGGCGUCCAGGCCUGACUUUGCCAAUGACGAUCAGAAAGACGUCGACUGCGUUUUGACAGCAGUUGAGCUGCAGCAGAUGUUUGAGAACGAGAGCAAAACUCUGCUGGACUAUGACCCAAUUGAGCUUGAUCCGAUUCCAUUUUCAAACUCAACUGGCGCUGUCGAACAGCUAUCAACUCCAAGGGGCUCUGGUUCUGGCGGCUUUGCGGAGAGUGUUUUUGUUUAUGCGAGCCAACAGUUGUUUGGAAUCACUCCUGACACACUAAACUACAUUCCUGGAAGAAAUCCAGACCUGCAAGAGUUGAAUUUGGAAAAGGACGGCGAAAUCGUGUUGAGAUUUGCUGUGGCCAACGGAUUUAGAAACAUUCAAAAUCUAGUGCAGAAAAUGAAGAGAAAGAAAUGCCUCUACGAUUAUGUCGAAGUGAUGGCAUGCCCUGGAGGUUGUCUUAAUGGAGGCGCCCAGUGUCGGCCGGACCAAGCCUCCCAGUCGAGAGAGCUUCUGGCGCACCUGGACCAGCGAUACAAGACUGAACUGCCUACGAGACCGAACGUAGAGAGCAACCCAAAUGUUUUGUCCCUCGCCAAAGGUAUGUCCGAUGAUGACUUGCACAUGGAAUUCCAUGCAGUGGAAAUGACUCCAAAUGCUCUGAAUAUUAAGUGGUGAACAAGAUUGUUAGACAUGAGAUAUUUUAUUGUUUUUACAGUUGAAUAAAAUUUACAAGGUAAAUCUGUU